UGUUUUUUCACAUAUAGUUUCGUUAUUUCGUUCGUCUUCGUUUACGUUAAAAAAGCUUGCCAUUCACCACAUUACUCUUCAAUGAGUUUCAGCUGUGGCCCUAAAUUGCAUCCACAUUUUGGCAGAUUCCACGAAACUUUGUGUUUUUUAGCUGAUUCAAUUUAAAUCAUCAAAUUCUGCAAUUCCGUCGUGUUUUCCGCAUCGUGGAAAUCAUAGGUCCCUACAUAAAAGGGGCAGCUGUGGCUCAGGGGGAAGAGCAGUCGUAGUUGGUGGUUUGAUCCCAGGCUCCCCUGGCCUGCAUGUCUCAGUGUCCUGGUGCAAGAACCACUAAUUGCUCCCAGUGGCAUGAAUGUGUGCGAAUGAGUGAAUUUUUGUUUCUGAUGAGGAGUUGACAUCUUAGUCUCUGCUCAUCAGCGGUUGAAUGUGUUUGUGAAGGGGUUAAUGUGAUGUGGUGUAAAGCGCUUCAAGUGGUUGGAAUGACUAGAAAGGCACUAUACAAAUACAGAGCAUUUACAUUACUAGCUUCAAAGGCACAUUGACGAAACUGAUUCAAUUACUAAAUUUCAAAUUGUAAAUAGUUACAAUGCUCGUUACUGCCAUCAUAUAUCUGAAACAAACAUUUCCACUGUUUUGACAGAAACUGUAAUACUGAAACAUGUCAGAUUUUUGUUUUUUUACUGCAGAACUGCAACUGUAGAAAUACACAGUUAGAUUAUAAAGCUAAUCUGUAUAGAAUUUCUGUGAUGAGAGCAUCUUUUAGAUUAUUCUGAUGGUACAAUUUUUUGUUUUGUAGUCUAUGUAUAGCCCAUUCAUUCUGUGUCUUUAGGCCUGAUGUGUUGUUAAUACUACUACAAGUGGGCACCUGUAAGAAAAGUUCACAUCGUACACAUAGUGGCUUUAAAUCUGUUUAAAAUUUAAUUAGAAAUAGCCUACUAUGGUUAAAAUAAAUGGAAAAAUGCAUAAUUACGUACUUGUAACCAAGAGAUGAUUUGUCUACAUCACAUUUUUGUGAUCUAUCACGGAAAUUUAAAAACCUUAGCUGAUUUCUGAUAGAUACGGACUAACAUAUAUAUUUUAAUUAAUGUAUGUAGAUACACCCUUAUAGCUGCAUUAACUCUUGAAAUGUCCUCACUCCCAAAGUCCUCUGACAGGGUGUAACCAGGAGCAAAAGCUCUUGACUGACCUGUGCCAUGAAGACCCAGAAGGCCCGAGGUGUUACAACAGCUUCACCUUUCUGCCAUCAAAAGUCUCACUUCAACUUACGAGGCAGAAACAAGAAAGACAGAGUUGUCCAAGGCAAGCUUCGCAUCCGCUCCCUGCCUGGAGUUUUCCUGGUGGUGGGAGUUAUCGUGGUGGUUGUUGGCACAGCUCUGGCUGUGGCGGGAUACUGGCCCUACCGGAUAUCAAGAUCAUCCAUCUUGGGAGCUGCAGAGGGGGAAAGUAUCUCUGACUCGCAGACAUCUGGCUGGAGUCUGGGAGCUAAGGGCCUCCUAUCUACAGCCAGCCUGAUCCACAGUGAACGGAUGAAGCUCUUGGGACCUGUAAUCAUGGGGGUGGGACUCUUCAUUCUCAUAUGUGCCAACACAGUCCUGUACGAGAACCGGGACAGAGAGACUCAGAUGCUGCUGGCUCAGAUGCGUAGUGUAAUCUGUUCAGUGUCUGCAGCUGUGCCCUCAGCGGACCUUAAAGAAAUAGCAACAGCCAACUCGAUGGCAAAACACUACCAGUGGGUAAGCAGCUUACCAGCGGCCCAUGUCAGCAUCCUCUGUUUGCAGCAGCUGGCCAGCUCUGAGCCCUUGCUCCAGACCACACACUCCAGAGACCAGGAGGACAGCGUGAUGGGCAUCUACCAGCAAGCUGUUCUCCAGACAGAAGACCACCACCACCAGGAGUCAGAGCCUCCACCUUGCUUCCACUCCAAAUCCAUCUCACGUAAUUCCAGUCAGACAGACUUUAAUGCACAGGCUGGUACUGAGCACAAGGACAAGCCCAACAACUGCCUAGUGUCUGCCAGCUCCAUAUCCCUAGGGUUGGACAAGGUGGAUAUCCUGACUGCCCAGCCGAGGCGCUGCCACAGUAUGAGCUACAGGACUAACCCUUACAUAGCACUAACUGUUGUGCUUCUUGAGGAAGGACUCCACGCCCUCGGAGAGGAGGGUCAAAUAAAUCAGCCGCUAGUCACAAGGAGAGAAGCUAGUUCACAGGUUUGCAUGAACAUCCCCAGGCAGUUUAUGGGUGCAGUUGAGCAAACUCACAGAAGCUGGCCUCGGCUAGACCAGUGCAGUGGGAGACGAUACCUGAGACUUGAGAACAAAGAGGACUCAGCGGACAAACUGCUGGAUCAGUUAGAGCAGCAGUGUACUCAGUGGGAUAAGAGUUUUGGCUCUGGGCCUUUCCAGUGAUAGCUGCUUAAGCUAUACAGUUCAGAGGGUACAUCCUGACAACCAAGAAGUAAUGAUAGUUUCCCCUGGAUUUUCUCCUAUAUAGAUUGUGUGGGGCAGAGAGAAACUAAGCCCUGGAUCAUUUGGAGUACAGUAUUUCUCACAAGGUUCAUCUGUUCUCAAUCUUAAAUUGAAUAUUAAUACACAGAGGUUAUUGUCUUUGCUUGGCUAGAUUUGGCAGAAAUGCCCUUGUAACUCAAUGCCAAAUUGGGGUUGCCUGUUUCCAGGACAUAGUGUGCACAACCAAGUGAGGGAGAAAUAGACGGGUGCAGAUUGUUUUCACUGUGCAGUCGAUUUAAAACCAAACUACCUGUCCUCCUGAACCCAUAAAGCGCUGACAGCUCUUGAUAAAUGCAAGCACAGAAAAGUUUGACUUUUUUUACUCAGCUGAUGUCCCAUACUCUAAAUGCAAUGCAUGGCAGUGAUGUACAGUAUGUUACAUCUUAAUACUUAUGCAGAGCAAUGUCUUUGAUUGUUUUAUUUGCACAAGAAGUAGUGAUGGUCAAAAGAUUAUUUUAUUUUAUUUUAAGAGAAAUUAUUUCAUUAACAUUUUGUAUGACGCCCAUGUCUAUGAUGCAUUAUACAGCAUUAUACCUUUCUUAUACCAAUGUAUAAUUAUAGUUAUAAGUACUAUAUUCAUAAUGCUUUCUAACAAUUAUCAUAGCACAGUAUUGAGUUAUGACAUAUGGCCAAGUAUACUUCAUAAUUGCUGCAUAAAAAUCACAACAACAGCAUGUCUACUAGAAAGUAAAAUUAAUGUCUGUGGGCAAGUCAUUAAAUGUUACUGACACACACAUCAUAGCUGGAACUGCUGGAAUAGUGUGUGACUUGAUCCGAACCACUUUGUUUGUUUCCCAUUUAGAGAGCCAGGGCUGAGUAUAAGCACCAGAUACUUUUUUUCAGUGCACACACAGAAUGGACAGCUAGAGGACAGUGAGAAGAUAUGGGUCCUAACAGAAAUUGAGUACUCCAAUUUGACACAACAUUGUGAUGAUGAACAACUAAAUGAUUGACAUUUACAUUUCACUAAUUUAAUGUUUUCCAAAAAUAACAUAGUAGUAAUACAUUAUAAUAUCAUAUAUAACUAUAAUGCAUUAUAAUUACAUUAUUAUGCGUUAUAAUCACAUUAUGCAUUAUAAAAUGGUUAUAAUGUAUUACAACUAUGGUAAUUAUGAUACACUAAGAUCCUCCUAACUUUUUUAUCAUUCACCAAGUUAAUUCCUGAGAUCAGCAAGCAGGACAAAUUACUUAUUAAGAGUAUGGUCUUACAAAGAGUACGUUCUAGAUCUCCACAAUGUGUAAAAUAUAUAAAUAAAAUUUAUUUGAAUUAAUUCAGUGCAGAACAGCACAUGGCCAAGUAACACUCACGCACCAUGUUAUGUUUUUAUUUUGGUAUAUUAUGUCACAUUUUGUUUUGCUCUUUGUACAGCGUUAUCUUUAUUUAUCUUAAAUGAUCAAAAAUAACAAAAUGUUCAGGUGUCUCUUUGUUUUGGCGGUGUUUAAUCCUUGACAUUUUGUGAAAAGGAAUAUUUUUAAUUACAGGUGCUAACACGGAGGGUAAUCAUAGAUACAGUAUCUCACACUACUGUGUACACCGCUCACAUUUUUGUAAAUAUUUGAUUAUAUCUUUUCAUUUGAACACAUUUUUACUUAGGAGUGUACUCACUUUUGUUGCCAGCGGUUUAG